GUGUGAGAUAGUGUGUGUGUGAGAUAGUGUGUGUGUGUUCCCCGGUCGGACCUGUAGCUCUGUCUCCGGAUUUCGCCUUUGAUCUGCUUUGAUCUCACUCCCGGAGUCCGGACUUCGCGCGCUGAUGUUUCGAGCGGUGUGUGUGUGUGGAUGAGCUGAGCGGUUCAUGGCUCCAACGAGGCCCUGAGAUGGCGUCGGACAUUUAGAGACCGGCAGAAUGAUGUUGCGCAAUCUGCUCUUCUCGCCCACGGCAAUAAACCCAAGCUCUCAUUUCCAGUCACUUAACUUCCCGGAGGAGAACGACGAAACCAUGAGUAAAAGCGACGAUGACUCCCUCCUCCGCGCAGGUCGCUCCCCCGAGGCCGGCGCCGCUGACCCUCAGGCUACGACUCGGUCGCCUCCCAGCGGCUCAUUCCACGACUUCAGCGAUAGCUCGUGCGGCAGCGGCGGCAGCAUGCAGUCCGUAUACGGAGCCUACCAGCCUCGCCUGGGUCUGCCGGCUGGCUACGGCGCCCAGACGCCCUUCCCCAGUCAGGCCCAAAGCUCCUUCAGCACUCUGCAGCCUCAGAAGGACCAGUGGCUCCACGCCAGCUCUUUCUCAGGAGGGUUCUCCAGCAACGGACGGCCGUCCUGCCUCGUGUCUGGAGAUUACUGUUCUUAUCAGAGCAAGGCCUGCUGCUCGCACCCGAUGCCGGACAGCCACGGCUCUGACCCUGCCAGCUUGGAGCAGCCUCGCUCGCUGCGCUCCAUCCCUAUGGAAUUAGCGCCACACGGCUACUACCUGCCCCCCUGCGCCUCACACGGGGCGCCGUGCUGCGGCCCAGGGCCUGAACAUGCCUUCUGGAUGAAUCCCAGACCACAUAUCCCAGAUGUGCGGUACCAUGUGCCGUAUUCGUCUUCCUGCACCAGUAACAGCAAGCUGUCUGACCCCGAGCUCGUUCCUAGCAGACACGAAGCGCUUCACCCGCAGCCGAAGAGCGUUCCCAGCACCGCGCCCCUCUCAUUAGAGCAGAGGAAAGUCUUUGUGACUUACGAAGCCGACAACGAAAACCACGUUAAGGAGGUCAUCAAUUUUGUGGCGCUGCUGAGACACAACGGCUUCUACACCCACAUUGACAUGUUUGAGCAGCAGUUCAGAAGCAUAAGUAAGAUUGACUUCAUGGAACGGUACAUAACUGAGAAAGACUAUCUGAUCAUCAUCAUCAUCAGCCCCAAAUACUUUGAGAUUGUCACUAACGCUUCAUUAUGCAUAGAGAAUGACGAAACACUGAACACUGUCUAUAUUCACAAACAGUUACAGAAUGAAUUCAUUCAGAACGGGUGCCGGAAUUUCAGGUUCAUCCCUGUGCUGUUUCCUGGUGCCAAGAGAUGCCACGUUCCUGCCUGGCUCCAGAACACACACAUCUUCAGCUGGCCCAGGGAUCGAGACGACAUCAUGCGCCGGCUCAUGCGGGUGGAGAAGUACAACCCUCCGCCUAUAGGGGAGCUACCCACCAUCGUCUCCAUUCCCAUAUAGAGACUGAAGCGCGGGGUGGUGAUAUGCCGGUGGUGGCGGCGGCGGCGGGAUGCAUCUGCAGUCUGAGCCAGGAGGUGGCUGUUUGAACCAAGAAAUGUAACUUGCCUACUAUUUAUACCUUGGACCCUGAAUGUAGAGUCUACUGUGAGUCUGAAUCAGAAUGGCACAAUGACUUUGGCUGAGCAAAAAUUUCUUUCGGUUAUUAUUCAAACCAAGAGAUAACCAAGAGAUAAACUUCUAAUUGUGUGAAAAAGAAAUCAUGGAGCACUUAGAACCAGAGCUAAAUAAAUGAUUCAGUAAUAACUAAAUUUAA